CUUACAAGUGGACGGCUCACUCCAUCACUGUGAAACUUUUUUCUUGUCUGCCUUCCUUUACUCUACAUACAUCUUGAAAAUGGUUGUCAGUCCAGUUUAUGCAGAACCAGAAGAGCUUGUGGAUAUGAUUCGUGACCCUCAUAAACAGGCGGGAAAAGACUAUGUCGUUAUCGAUGUUCGAGGAGAUGACUAUAUUGGUGGUCAUAUUCCCGGCGCUAUUAAUAUUCCUGCUGGCCAGAUGUAUGAUAGAGUCAAUGAUAUCAUCACAGAAUAUGCCAACGUCCCUAUCAUCUAUUUCCACUGUGCGCUUUCUCAAAUGAGAGGUCCUAAAUCAGCACGUAUUUAUAGUGAAACCAUCAAUAAUCUAGGAAAAAAUACAACACAACAAGUCAAAAUCUUGAGGAAUGGUUUUGAAGGUUGGCAUCAUCGCUACAGAAAAGAAGUUGACUUAAUAGAGGAUUACGAUAAGAAUGUCUGGGCUUGGGCCAUCGAAGAUGAGAAUUAAACAUACACACGUAUAUAGGCGAUAGAUAGAAAAGAAGUGCUUUCUUUUAUUCUAAACAUCGUGAUUUGUUAUGAGGUUGGAUCUACAAUGAAUAGUUUAUGUACAAGAUUUUAUGAGAGCCACUUUCAAUCGAAAGCAGUGUCAAACACGGUCAUUGUGUUGUCGCCUUUUUGCUAUUCUUCCAACGCAAUUUCUUUUAAACAAAAAAAAAGAAAAAAAAAAAAAAAAAGAAAAAGACCUGGAGCUUUC